GGAAGCUUGCACAGUGUCAUCAGCCCUGGAUCGAAACUCGGUACGUUCGGGAUUUACACAAGCAUUAUUACCAUGGAAAACCCGGCACGUUUAAAAUGUCCCUGCGAGUUACCCGGCCUUCACCCGACGCCUCAGCGGCUACCAUUUGAGGACAGAAUACCAGCGCUUUGUCGGAACCCACCCCCUCUACAAUGGAUGAGAUAAAAUGCGAGACGGUCGCCAUUUACCGGCCAAGACAGGGCCCUCGGAGGAUCCACAUUCUGAUCUUGGCGGUAGCUUGCCUCAGCGUUGUUUUUUCCCUGGUCAUUCUUAUCAGAUAUGUCCCAUAUGUAACAAGAGAACCGAUUUCAGAAGGUCCCUGCGCUACGAUCCUCUGCGCGUACGGAUCAGUGUGUCGCGAGACGAACAAUCAGGAAGCAGAGUGUUUUUGUUCCGAGGAAUGCCCCGACCUUUUCUCUCCCGUUUGCGGUACGGACGGCGUCACCUACAACAAUGAUUGCUACAUGAAAUCAUCGUCAUGUCGACUGAGGAAGAAGAUUACAGUAGCCUCAUCUGGGCCUUGUGAUUCCACGAGCCUGUGCCAGAACAAGCAGUGCCCGUUUGGCGCCGAGUGCAUGAUCACCCCGGACGGCGCGUCGGCAAAGUGCGUGUGCUCGCAGGAGUGCGACGCGCUGGAGUACAACCCCGUGUGCGGAGGCGACGGGGUGGACUAUCCCAACGAGUGCGAGAUGAAACGGGCUAGCUGUCUGCAACGGAGAGAGAUCCGAAUCAUCUUCCAAGGGAAAUGCAAUCCUUGCGCAACGGCCAACUUUGAUCGUAACGUCGCUUGCAAACUGAACAGGAACCGUCAGCCAAUCGCGGGCUGCGUCUUCGACUGCGAGGAGUUGCCAGGCAACCCUGUCUGCGCUUCGGAUGGUCAGAUGUACGAGUCGGAGUGCCUGAUGAGGAGAGUUGCUUGCCAGUCUCGGUUUGAGCUGUCUGUCCAUGAAGAAAGCUACUGCAUGCCUGGAACAUCCCCGUGUAACAGCUUCCAGUGUGAGUUUGGCAAGUGUAUCUUGAAUCUGGAGGGUAGCCCCACCUGCGCAUGUAUCAGUAGCUGUCCUGACAUCUACGUGCCUGUCUGCGGCGGUGACGGGGUCACAUAUUACAGUAUCUGUCACCUUCAGAAGGAGCAAUGCCUGAGAAGUGAAGCCAUUCAUGUGAUUGCUAAUGGACCAUGCUUAAACCAAUCAGAAGGCUUGUGCAGUUCUGUCCGUUGCGCCUAUGGUGCCAUAUGCCUGGUAGUCGAUGGUAGCCCUACGUGCUCAUGCGAUAGGAUGUGUACAGAUGAGGACAGCCCGGUUUGUGGCACCGACAAAAUGACGUACGGUAAUGCGUGCUUACUGAAACAGGCUGCGUGUGAACAACAGAAGGAUAUUCAAGUCGAGCUAGAGGGUCUCUGCAAUGGCUGCGAGUUCUACAACUGUGAGUUUGGCGCCAUCUGUGAGAUGGGAGCAAAGGGUCCCCAGUGCGUCUGCCCGGAGGAGUGCGUCGAUUUCGACUCGCCGGUCUGCGGUUCGGAUGACGUCACUUACCCCAACGAGUGCGAGCUCAACGUGCAGGCCUGUAAACGACAAGAAGUGAUCACUGUGGUAUCACAGGGUGAAUGCGUUGAGUGUGAGGGAGUCAAGUGUGAGUACGGUUCCAUCUGCAACCGUGGCCAGUGUAGCUGUCCAACAUGUGCGGAUGUGCAGCAGAGAAUCUGUGGUACCAACCAGGUUACCUAUCAGAGCGUGUGUCAUCUCAGAGCUGAGAUGUGUAACGAGAGAAUCCGGAUUGCGGUGGCGUUUGACGGUCCCUGCGAAGAUAGUGCUGAAAUAUCUGGUUCGGGUGCGGGCAACGACACCGAUGUGGAUCAAGAAGGAGGCGACGGGGACCGGUUAGACUACACCCGAGAGUGCGACGAAGCCAUGUGUCAGUUUGGCGGGACCUGUGAAUUCAUGACCAACGGGAACUCCUACUGCUCCUGCAUAAUGAACUGCCCGGCCACGCGGUUACCGGUGUGCGGGUCAAACCAGGUCACAUACGGCAGCGAAUGCUUGCUAAGAGAAGCGUCUUGCGAACAGCAGAAACCCAUAUAUGUCGAGAGCCAAGGAUCCUGCGAAGAUGUUGAGAUGGAGCCCUGCGACGGGGACAAUCCUCUUCUGGUUCCCAACACCAUGGAGGAGUAUACCUGCUCGGAGCAAGGCGAGGAAUGUCCCUCCGGCAGCUACUGUCACAUCCAUCCGCUCCGCAAGUUUGCAGUCUGCUGCCCAGUUACCAGAGAGCAAACAUCGCCCCCUGGCUGUGAGGAUACCAUGUAUGGUUGCUGUCCCGACGGAAUCACAUCUGCCCAGGGAUUCAAAGAAGCCGGGUGUCCGAGCCAUUGCGACUGUAAUGAUCUUGGCUCCUAUUCGCCGGUCUGUAACCCUAGCAACAAGCAGUGCCCGUGCAAGCCGGGUGUCGGCGGGAAAAAAUGCGACAGGUGUGAGCCAGGAUUCUGGGAUUUCCGCGGAAUACAGAACGGCAAUAUUGGAUGCAGACCAUGCGGAUGUUCCAAAGGAGGCUCAGCCCGUGAUGACUGUGAACAGAUGCUGGGCAAGUGCAUGUGUAAAGGCAAAGCUAUGGGCAUGAAGUGCGACAUGUGCCCAAAAGGAAUGGUGCUGGGUGCCGCUGGCUGUCAGGAAGUCGUAGACGUAGAUGACUCUUCCAAUCUAUGCGAGCAGCUGCAAUGUCGCUAUCACGCCGCCUGCCAGUUCACUGCCGGGCUCGCCACCUGCGUCUGCCCAAGCAAUUGCACCACGGAGUUUGAGCCCGUCUGCGGAUCCGACGGUCAGACCUACGGCAACGAAUGCCAGAUGAAGGUGUUUGCAUGCCGAUUGCAGCGAGACAUUCGGCUGUAUGCUAGAGGAAUCUGUAAUUCUAUCAUCAUGACACCCAUGACGAUAUCCCAAGAAUGUCUGGAUUCGGAGUUUGGUUGCUGUGACGAUGGAGAAACACCCAAGAAGAAUCCCGAAGGCGCAGGAUGCCCGUUGAUGCCAGGCAUGACAACUGCAUCAGUGGUACCCAGCGUGCGACCAACGCCAUCAGCACCCAUCAAGCCUCAGCCUAGCGAUGCAAGCGACACCUCAACAGACUCUGCCGUUGAAGUAACCACCCUUCCCUCACCCCCUGUUGAGGUAUCCUCAGUUUCCGCAUCUCCCUCCGAGGUGACAACCCUCUCCUUACCUUCCUUAGAUACAAGAAGUUAUACCUCUCCCCAGUCUGAUGCCAUCACCCUCCCUUCACCACCUCUACAAACCUCCAGCCAGCAGGUUAUGACAAAGCCAGCUGAGGUAGAACCUAGCACAGUCAAAUUAAGUAGCUCCUCAAUGGGCACGAGCAAGGCAAGCGAGUCUGUAUCCAGGACAAGUGAAGCAUCAUUGGAAAGCAGCUCAGCAGUGACACAAUUAGCAUCAGCAUCUUCAUCUAAGUCUAGUAUGCCAGACUCUGAGUCGAGCACAUCAGUCUCAGAAACAGGCAAGCCUGUUGCUGAGACAAGCAUGCCUGAAUCUCAUACAAUGCCUAUCUCCAAACCCAGCACAAGUGCCUCUGAAGCUAGCUCAUCAGCCUCCCAGACUUCCAUGCCUGUCUCCGAGACAACCAUACCUGUCUCCAUGACAACCAUGUCCGUCUCCAUGACAACCAUGCCUGCAUCCCAGUCUAGUCUUCCACCCUCCCAGAGCUCUUCCAAGAUGAUGCCUCUCUCCAGUCCCAAGCCCGAAAUCUCAGAAUCCUCUCCUGCAUCCUCCCCAUCUACCCCAUCCAUGGAACCCUCUACAAGUCAACAUCUUCCCUCAACUUCAGCUUCUUUACCAUCCAUCCCCAAGACAACUUCCCCACCCAUGAUGGCUGGUAUGACACCUGAAGAGACCAAACCAAUGCCACAGCCUCAGAUGCAGACUCUAACCACCCAGUUUCAAGCCAGUCCGACGGACCCAACCACAGUUAUGCCUCGCAUCACUACAGAGAGUAUACCAGAGUUGACGACACAACAGAAGCAAACAACGGAGCCAGUGCCCAUCUCUAUUUGUGAGAUGACCCCUUGUCUUCAUGGAGGAACCUGCUUGGAGAAAGAGUCGGCUCCUAAGGGGUAUAUCUGCAUCUGUCCUGUGGGAAGGGGCGGGCCAGUCUGCGAAGAAGCGGUGACGUUCCAGUCUCCAUCUCUGUCCGAGUACUCCUAUCUGGCCUUCCCUAAGAUACGAGCCUUCUUCGAUUUCGAAAUCACUUUGGAGUUCCAAGCUGAGGCAGACCCUGAAGGUCUUCUUCUCUUCAACGGUCAAGACGAUGUUGAGAACAACGACUAUGUUUCCUUGGCUAUCGUCAAUGGGUCUGUUGAGCUAAGGUACAAAGUUGUACACGAGUUUGACCUCGGAUCCAGCGACGCUGUCGUCAUCAGAAGCACUGUGCAGAUUCAGCCCCUUCACUGGUUCACAGUGCGGGCUACCAGGGACAGGCGUGAUGGUACUCUCAGCGUGGAUGGCGAGACACCAGUGAAAGGAGAAAGCAGCGAUAGGUCGAUCGGUUUGUCUGUGACCCACGACCUCUUUGUUGGCGAUGUGCCAGAGGAUAAAGAAGCGAUUUAUAAAGUUGCCGGUACCACCAAGGGCUUUGUAGGAUGCAUAGGUUACCUGGAAGUCAAAGGUAAAUCCUUAAAGGUCUACCAUCCCGGUGGCGACAUCCUCUACGGAGCCAACAUCGGCGAAUGUGGCAAUGACCCGUGUGUGUCCAUGCCGUGUCUCAACAACGCCACGUGCGCCCCGACCAAUGCUGAACAGUUUGAAUGCGACUGCAUGGGCGGUUUUGUGGGUCCUCUAUGCGGUGACGUCUUUGUAGAUCCAUGCGAGGGCAAUAUGUGCUUCACUGGCUCUACCUGCACAUCGUUACCAGAGGGCGGUUACAGGUGCGACUGUCCAAUGGGAUGGCGCGGUGACAUGUGUGAUAGGCAAAAUAAACCGGAACCCGGUGGCCCGUUCAUUCCCGGUUUCGACGGCAACUCUUACCUUGAGCUGCCUAGUCUGAUGGCCCCGCGUCACAUUACGGUCGAAAUGGAAUUCCUGGCGACCGAACCAAAUGGCAUGCUAUUCUACAACGGGCAGAGUACCAAUGGCAGAGGCGACUUCAUCUCUCUGAACUUAAUGGACGGAUAUCUGGAAUUCAGAUACAAUCUUGGAUCCGGAACUGCCAAAGUCAAGAGCCCCGAAAGAGUCACCCUGAAUGAAUGGCAUCGUGUGGAGGCCACGCGAAUGAACAUGGACGGCAUGCUGUACUUGGAUGGACAGAUGGUUGCUAAGGGAGAAUCCUCAGGAUCAGCAAAGCAGCUGAAUCUCAAAAAGAGUCUGUUCAUUGGAGGCACUGACAACUUCUCUCAGUUCUCUCGGAAGGCGGGGAUUACCGAUGGCUUUGUGGGCGGCAUCAAAAUGUUUGCUGUCGACCGCGAAGAGAUUCCUGAUCUGGUUGAAGCCUCAAUCAGUCAAGCCAACAUCCAGGGCUUCGUUGAGCAUCCCUGCGUCGGUCGGCCCUGCAUGCCUACUUACAUCUGCCUGCCAGAGGGCGAGAGCUACUCAUGUGUCUGUCCUGCAGGGAUGGAGGAAAUGGAUGAGCGAUGCCUUUCCAUGGAAACAUCCACGGCUAGUGGAGAUGAUAUGAUGGUUAAGAAUCCAGCCACGGAGAGGCAGGAUACCAAUGCACCGGUGUCCUUCGACGGGCAGAGUUACUUCAGUUAUCCCAACAUAGCAACGCAAACCAAAAAAGCACAGAUGACAAACAUCAUCAAGCUGCGGUUCCGGACAUCACAGCAAACUGGCUUGAUGCUGUAUAACAGCGUAAACAGUCGCAGCGGCGACUUUGUCGCUGUUGCCCUAAUAGACGGCAGAGUGGAGUUUGCUUAUAACCUCGGAGCCGGUGUGAAAAGAAUCGCAUCUGCCUUAUCAGUCAGUGACGACCAGUGGCAUACUGUCAUUGUGUCAAGAACACAACGUGAGAGCAGUAUUCAAGUAGACGAUGAAGCGCCCUCACUAGGCACAUCCAAGCCAGGGGCGUCAUUCUUGAAUACGGAUGGAAUCAUGUGGAUUGGCGGGCAUUCAAGUCUCCAAUCCAACGUUCCGUUUGAGUACAGAACGGGUUUUCAAGGCUGCAUAACGGAGGUGGAGUUGGAAGAGAACAGUCUACAUCUAUACGACGACGCAAGAGAGGAUAAACCAUCGUCAUUCUGUGACUACCCUGAGGCAUAGCACAAAGCACGUUAGAAACAUUUGAAGGAAAGAGGUGUUUUUAUGAAGACAAAAAUAGUCACAAGUUGUACAUGUGUGUCAUAAGGCCUUCUCACACUAUCAGUUCGCCUACCCGAGAAAAACAUGGAUCCACCAUGAGCGAAACUUGGUACGACUGAAGAUGAGUUGACAUUGCAUAAUACACCAUAAUGUACACAGGUCGACUGUAGAUGUUGGAUUUUGUACCUGGUUAAAAACACUCAACCUUUGUCCCAACCAUUUCGUACGUGAAGAGUGCUGGACCUGUGUAGAAACUGUGUUGAUUCUUGCUAGGGUAAAAGGUGGUGCGGUAAUCUCUGGGUUUGACCGCGGUCUUACACUGAGAUUUUGGAUAGUGUGCAAGGCCUUAUAGGUUUAUGCUGCGAUAUAAGUAAUGGUGCCCAAUUUUGAUGUUUGUAUUGGCUUUCGAUUCACAAAUGCACUAGAUGUUGUAACUCAUCUCCAAUUAUUUUGAUGCAGGAAAAUGACAAACCGUAGAAUGUUGUUCAUUGUCACAGGUAAUGUGACAUGAAACACUGAUAUGAAACACUGAUAUGCACCUUGUAAUCCGCACCCUCCGUUUUUUUGUAAAGUUACUAGAAUAUUUAUGUUGAUUACUUUUGUAUUGACCAAUGUGUAUAGCAACCUUAGUACUUAAAUAUCAAAGCAGUUGUAGAUUUGUACAGUACAACUGCCCCUUGAAUUUCUUUUUUUAUUAUAAAAUUGUCCACAAUGGUGAAGUGGUGUAUUUGAGUGACCAUUGACGAUUGAAUUAUUGAAGUGGAUUGAUCAUGACCAAAAAUCUACACAGUAAACCACUGAUUUGAACUUUUAAUUUUUUUUAACCAAAAGUAUUUUCUUAAAAAAUGUGGUGCUUUUGACGUAAUGUAUAUUUUAAGCUGGAGAAACAAGAGAUAGAGAAAUCACUUAAUUCAACAAGUAGAAAGGAAACGAUAUUUCUGAUGUUUUGUCCGAGUAACUCUUAUGGAAACUUUAAGAAUAUUUUCUAGGUAUGUUUUGCAAGACUGAUUUUUAACUUCAUUUAGUCAAUCAACUUUUCUGAUGAAUAUUAAUUUGUUGUGCGACAUUUGAAUUUUUCUUACAAAUAUCCUGAAUUAGCAAUAUAAAACAAAAAAUACAUUGAGUUUCUUUUCUAUCUGUAAAUGAUUUUUAAUUUCCGUUUGACUUUUAUUUUUUUUUAAUAUGUGCUAAUUAAAAUUGGGUAAUUUGAAUACAUAUCUCCACAUUAUAUCAUACAUUUUUAUCAGCAGAACGAAAAUAUUUAAAGUUCAUUUAUCUUGCACCACAGUCUUUAAAACAAAGAUACUCCACAUCAGUCAUUUUUUUUCUAUUCUGUAGUUUGGUGCAUUUUAAUUGAGCACUACAUGGCCACUAAUCAGUUAAAAGAAUGAUUUGAUUUUAAGGAUUUUUAAAUGUGCAUAGUGCAGACUUAACAUUUCGAGUGAUUAAAAAAAAGGUUGACUACGUGUAUCACUUUAAAUUGUUGUAAACAUAAGCAAUUUUCACUGUCCAAGAAAUGUACAGCAAUAAGCUUUUUUAUAUGUAGUGUAGUUUGUACGUCCUCUGUCUUUUAGCUAGCUAUGUCUUUAUUCACAUUUAUGUACACAAUAGGUUUAUUUAAUAUUUAUUUGAAUGCUGUUUUUUUUAAAGCAGACAAAUCUUUCAAUUGACCAUUGUGAACGCAAUGUUAUUAUUGUGAGAAUUACAGGACCGGGAUCGUCUUUCUAGAAACUCGACAGACUGAGUUUGUAUUGAAAUCUUGAAGUUAAUACAAUUUGCUACACAAGAUAACACAACACACCCUGUAUUGUAAUAUACCUACUUAUCGUUUUGCAGAGUUUCAAUUCGUCUUAUCAGUGAUGAAUAAUACCAAAUUUGGCCUUAGUCUGCGCUACGGUGGUGAAAUAGCUCAGCAGUCAUAAACACUUUCAACUGGAUAGGCCAAGUUGUGUCUUCCUGAUACAUCACAUUAGAAAACGUAUAAGUGUUGUUAACAUUGGUGUCAGCGGUGGGAUGCGCGCUUAAAUAUACGAGAACUCAAGAGGGCAGUUCCUGCUAUCAAUGACACAGUCGAUCUUGUCUUUGUAAUGACAUACAUACUGUACUAUGCAUUUACUGUAGCCGGCAUACCGAAGCAACUUCUUAUUUUUUUUUUGGUACUAAGCAUGUAGACAUAUCCGUUUUCGCGCUCAGCGAGCAGUUAUCAAGUUUAUCAUUAUUUAUAUAUUGUGUAAACUAUUUAAAACAGUGCGAUGGAUCCAUUUCGUCCACUUUUCGUGGAACACUCGCACUCAAUCUUGUUAUUUCUAUGUAUAACAGAAAUUAUGCAAAAAAAUCGAUUUCUUUAAAAAGUCAAUAUGAAUUUAAAGCAAAGGCUGUCUGUUAUUUUGUACAUAGUCAAUUCAUUGUAGAAAACCAAGGUAUUCCAAUAAAAUCAACUUAACAAAAA